AUGACAACAAUCAAGUCAAAGAAAGUGAAUGGGGCUCACAGGGUGCUCGAGAUCCCGAAGAUGCAGUGGGCACAGGUGUUUGAAAAGACAGCCUCAGCUUUGAUUUACACUCAAAUCCCGGUGCCAUCAAUCUCCUCUGACGAAAUAUUGGUUCAAAUUCACUAUUCAGGAGUGUGCCAUACCGAUUUGCACGUAUGGAAAGGAGAUUGGCCACUUGAGAGCAAGAAAGAUUUGGUUGGUGGCCAUGAAGGAGCCGGGGUAGCAGUUGCUCGAGGGGAUAAUGUUAGUCGAGUCUCAAUUGGGGAUCGAGUUGGGGUACAGUGGAUGAAUGACACUUGUGGCAGUUGCGAGUUCUGCAGCGAUGGCGACCAGCCACUCUGUCCCAGUGCCAAAAUCUCUGGCUACACUGUCAAUGGCACAUUCCAGCAGUAUGCCGUUUGUAAAGCAACGAAUGCUGUUCGUAUACCGAACGGGAUUUCUUUGGACGAAGCCGCCCCUAUUCUUUGUGCUGGAGUGACUGUAUACAAAGCAUUGAAAGAAAGCAACCUCCAACCAGGACAGAUUGUUGCUGUUGUCGGAGCUGGCGGGGGUCUUGGUACACUCGCUUGUCAGUAUGCCAAAGCACUUGGAUAUCGUGUACUCGCCAUUUCGGAGGGGUCCAGUAAGAAAGCUAUGCUGGUGAAGGUAAUUGGAGUUGACUACUUCGUAGACUACAUCGCCUCUAAACAGGGUCUGAUUCCUGAAGUUCAGGAACUUACCGGGGGCGGACCUCAUGCUGCUAUUGUGGUCGCAUCAGUAGAGAGCCCAAUUGGUCAAGCGAUUCAGUACAUCCGGCCAAAAGGUACCGUCGUCGUUGUUGGUCUGCAUAAGAAUGCUAUCAUCAAGGCCGACUUGUUUUCUACGGUCGUAAAGCAAAAAACAGUGAAGGGUUCCUACGUUGGCAGUUGUAUUGUGACCGAAGAGGCACUGGCAAUCUAUGCGAAUGAUCGCUUUUGCAUUCAGUAUCAAGUACUCUUCCUUGAAGAACUGCCCGCAGUCUUUGAGAAAAUGCAACAGGGCAAGAUGCAGGGACGAACUGUGCUGCAAAUUCCUAGUCCCGAGACCAUGCUGAAUGGUUCAAUAGAGUAA